GUGAAAGUGGUCACAGACCACAUGAUGGUUGGAUUCUAUAAAAUGGGAAGCAUAACAACAGUGAGCAGCACUCCUUCAGCUUUGAAGCUACUGAAGACAAGUGAGCAGAGAAGGAAAACCAUGAGUACCAUUUCCAAGGAUUCCUUGAAGACUUCCCUGCUGCAGUUACAAUGUCAUUUUACAUGGACUCUGCUGAAGCAGGAUGUAGAUCUUCAUGACCUAGAGGAAACAAUAGCCAACCAGAUCAAAUUUUUCACAGAAUCUAACAUAACAAAUUAUAAUCUACUAUCCUAUAUAUGUCACCUAAAGAAUUCAAAUGAGGAAGCUCUGAGAAAUCUCCAAAAAGCUGAAGAAAUUGUUCAAAAACGUCAUCCAGAUGAAAUUGCCAGGAGAAGUCUUGUUACCUGGGGGAACUAUGCCUGGAUCUAUUACCACAUGGAGAGAUAUGAAGAAGCUCAAACUUAUGUAAGCAAAGUGGAAAACAGCUGCAAAAAGCUUUCAAUUACUGCUGAUGGGAAGAUGCAGCUUCCAGAGGUCUAUGCUGAGCAAGGAUGGGCAUUAUUACGUUUUGGGGGGAAACACUAUGAGAGAGCAAAGAAUUGCUUUGAAAAUGCUCUAAAGGAUGAACCCAAUAACCCUGAUUUUAAUGCUGGCUAUGCAACAGCACUGUAUCGUUGGGAAAAUUUAGCUUCCAGAUGUGGUGAAGACACAAGCCCAUCCACUGAGGCCUUGAAGCGGGCAGUGGAACUGAAUCCAGAGGAUACUUGUGUUAUGGCAUUACUUGCAUUAAAACUUCAGGACUUAAAUCGAGUUGAUGAGGGUGAGAGGUACAUUGAAGAAGCUAUGCAAAAAACCCCUGAUCUUCCUUAUUUCCUGCGAUAUGCUGCUAAAUUUUACAGAAGGAAAGGAGAAGUGUGCAGGGCAGCGAAGAUUUUGGAAAAGGCCCUAGAACUGACACCAAAUUCUGGCUUUUUGCAUCACCAACUAGGAAUCUGCUACAGAGAAAAAGUAUUUCAAUUGAAAAAAACAAGAAAUGCACCUGAAGAUCAAGUGGACAGACUCAUCGAACUUGCCAUUUCUCAUUUUAAAUUUGUGGCAGACCAAAAGACAAAAUUUGUUGCUGCCCAAACUGGCCUAGCAAACGUGUAUGCACUAGGCAAGAGAUAUGAAGAAGCAGAAAAGAUAUAUCAGGAAUUGUUUCAGAGAAAUAAUCUACUCUGUUAUGAAAAACAAGAGCUCUACUACCAGUAUGGCAAUUUUCAGCGUUUUCACAUGAAGUCAAUAUCAAAAGCCAUUGAGUAUUAUAUAAAAGGGCUGAAAAUUAAAGAAGAGUCCUUUGGAAGAAAUAAGUGCAAUGAAUCUGUGCAGAGAUUGUUAAGAGAAAGAUUUGAGAGAGGUUCAAGAAAUGCAAAAGAUUUUGGUACACUUGGACUCGUUCAUAAGCUAAAUGAUCAGAAACAAAAAGCAAUUGAGUGCUAUGAAAAAGCCAUUGCUUUGGAUCACAGUAAUGAAGAAUAUCAGAAUGCAUUAUUUGAGCUACGACUUUCUAUCUCAAGCUAAAGCUCACAAAAAUCCUUCACACCCAAAAAACUCCAAACCCAAGGACAUUUCAAGAGACUCUCCAAACUUUUUUUGUUCUUUGGUUGGUUGUUUUUUGUCUUAAGGUAGACUUUAUGACCAGAUGAAACAUGGGUGGUAUCGCUUUCCAAUGAUAAUGUAGAAACUGCAGACGAUGACUGUUCAUUGGUUCAUUUGCUAACAGAGAGCAUGCUUAGAUAACUAUAUAAUGUAACGUAUAAUAUAUAAUAAUAGCUAUACAAUAAUAGCUCAUCUACCUUAAGUCUUCAAUGCUAAUGCGGGUCUAAAUGAUUAUCAGUAGAACACAGAACUUCUAAGCUAAAAAUGAGAUAUUACCUUCUACUGAGAAAAAGAUAAGGGAAUCAUAAGGUAGUACUUUUGUCUAGAUAUUUGAAAGGCAUGCUUAAACCGAAAUGGAAUUUCUGAUGCUUUUUCAAGUAUUUCAAAAAUACCUUUUGUAGAAGGAACUUUUGUUGAAGGCUUGUUCAGUUUACUAACUUGUCUGCUGUUUAAUUAUGAAAAAUAUUAAAAAACCAUUUUUUAGCUAGUUCACUGUAAAGCUUACAAAAUGUGUAUUAUUGUUGUGAACUACUAAAGGGUAUUAAAUCCAUCAACUAUU